AUGUCCCGAACAAUGUUUCCUGUUCCCAAUAUUAUUUCGGUCCAUAUGAUAAAUGGUCUGUUACAUGCUGAUUUGAUACAAGAAAUUGACAGUAAACUACCUGUUGUACAGCUUGCUCUUGAGCUCACUCACAAGAUCUUUGGUUCUUGUCCACCUAUGCAAAGUUUUGAUCCAGCCAAGAUGCUCACAGACUCCGGGAAGCUUCAAACACUUGAUAUAACGGUUGCAUGCAGGAAAUCAUCAUGUUCUCCUGUUUGCUCGCAAAUCCCAUUUUGGCUCUGUAAAGUUACAUCUACAUCAGUACCUCCAAGCCCUUGGAGUCCUAGAAGUCAAACAGAAAUCUUACAAUUGGGAAAUUUAAAGCCUUUUAGCUUCAAUGUACUUAAAUUGGCUACAAGAAAUUUCCGACACGAUAGUGUUCUUGGAGAAGGUGGAUCUGGGUCGGUUUUAAAAGGAUGGAUCGAUGAACAAUCUGUUAAGAGAUUAAAUCGAGAGAUCUUCAAGGUCUUCAAGAAUGGCUCUUUCUCAGCAUUAGAGAGGCGUCUUUUAAGGGAUGAAAGUGUACAUAUGGUUGAUUGUCAACGACUAGAAAGUUUGAAUCCUGCAGGCAGGACCCACCAGGAACAUGAAAAACACAAACAAUUCUUGGGCUUCUUAGUGCCAUAUUACAUACCAACUGAGUAUCUAAGUCUCUUAGUAACUUUAUGUAGACACUCAAGACAAGUGUUAGCAGUGACUAUGAGAUUCAUUCAAAAGGAUGCUGAGGAGAAGAAAACAUCAUUCAACCCCAGACCGUAUUUAAAGUUAUUCAUUGAUUGGCUGCUUGACCUUAGUACCCUUGAUCCGGUUUUUGAAGGUGCAAACUUUCAGGUGGGUUCUGAGAGCUCUAGCAACCUCCUUCCAUGCCCUGCAGCCUCUCAAAGUUCCUGCACAUUUAGGUUAUUCUCUUAGAAAGGAAAUUGUCAAAGGAGAAUUUAGUCAUGGG